GCCCGAGCCGCUGUGGAGUCGGGCGCGCCCGCUGACGACGGCGCCGGCCGCUGACACUUGCGACACAGUGAGAGAGCUCGCGCAGGCCGGAGAUUGCUCUGUGAAGUCCCUCCGCCUGGCGUCGUACCACCGGUGGCAACGACUGACGCGAUCAAGGAGCGCAGACGCCGCGGCACUGACGGCGCCAUGGCCACGAACACAGCGCAGCUAGGCCAGCUUGCCAACCUCAACAGCCAGUACCAGCCGUACCCCUACAGCGGCAACGCCAACUACGCCGACCAGUACCCCAGCGCCAGCCUGCCGCACGGCCAGGUGCAGAACUUUGUCCAGUCGCCACCACCUGGCGGCAGCGACGCGAACCAGCGCGCCUUCCGCGCCCCGCGCUAUGGCGACCGGACGGUGGCGCGAACUAGCGGCCGGAGAGGGAAGCAGCAGGCGGCGCGCGGCCCAGUCGUGGCGAACCGGAACGGAAGCCCGGUAGUACCGCUGUACUCGUACCCGACCGUGCGGAACGGUACCACGGUCCAGGUCCCGCUGUUCUGGACGGCCCUGAGCAUCGCGCUAGGGUACCCGGUCCAGGGGAGAACAGGUCGUCCGCGGAUUAGCCGUGCAUCAAACGCUUCUACCAGCUCUACUGCAGGAACGCCGGCAGCCAAUACCCCACGGACCGUAUCGCGUCGUUUAUCAACGAGAACAAGGCGUUGACAAGGCGAAUGUUUGGCGAGUUCCAGCUGCCGGCAGACUUCGCCCAAGAGCCGUUACCCCGCGUCAAGAGGACCACCAACAGUACGAUGGAGCCGCCGCCGCCACCGGCGCAACGCCGGCGGAAGACCCGCCAGGCUGUGGCGGCGCCUCCAGUCAUCGACAAGGGCAGCAAACACCU